AUCUCUCUCACUUUUGAUGGAGAUAUCAAUCAGGCAUUAAAGCUCCAAAAUCAGCCUUGUAAUCUUGAGAUGUCCAUGGACGAUCAAAUCAUUCAACAUCAAGCUCCUUUGCACCCAAUUUGGCCAUGCUUCCCUCUCCAGACUCCGUUCUCGACCGAGGUGCAGAUACCAAGUGUAACGACUGCGUACACCGGUCACGGGGAGCAACUAGGUCACCUCGCCGCUGAGGGAGACGAGCCUGAGGAGGAGUUUGAGCGCCAUGAGGAGAUGUACAAGAUCGCCGCGAUGCAGCUCGACAUCGACCCGUCGACGAUCCGGAAACCUAAGCGGCGCAACGUGCGAAUCAGCGAAGACCCCCAAAGCGUGGCGGCUCGUCACAGGCGGGAGAGGAUAAGCGAGAAGAUAAGGAUCCUCAAAAGGCUCGUCCCGGGAGGGACUAAGAUGGACACCGCGUCGAUGCUGAACGAAGCCAUCUGCUACGUCAAGUUCUUGAAGAGGCAGAUCCUGCUGUUGCAACGAUCCGAUAACCAGCAGCAGCAACCGCCGCCACCGUGGCAUGUUGCACCACCACCGGCGGAGACACAUCCAGGCCACGGGGGAAAAACUUGUGCUUUAACCAUGAGGUAAAUCAGUGAUAUUACCUCCAUAAUCCCUGAAUUAAUCAACAUAUAACUGCUGUAUUAAUGAUAAUAUUAGCCAAAAACUAUCAAACAAGGUGUGUAUAUAUAAUUAUAUAUAUCAUAUAUUAUGAAAACUUAACCUAGUUAGUCCGAUCAUCAAGAACAAUAAAUUCUGGAUUCGAAUCUUAACAUUAUUUUCUAAGGGGAGCGAUGGAGUGUUGGUGAAAAAGAGGGUUUGUUAGGAUUUUGUUGACUGCAAGAUGGAAUAAUGAUAACGGUUAUAUAUAUAUAUAUAGUACAAAAAAGUCUAAAUUGGCCGGAAAAGUUUCUUGGCCGACU